AUGCUGGAAGCAGUAGUGCUGUGGACGGCUCUCAUUCUCUUGCUUGUCAAGAUUACCUAUCAUACCCCACAACCACCCGAAACGGUGCAACUCUUUGGGACCAACUAUACCGUGGCAAAUACGACCUACAUUGUACAAACCAGUCAAGGGCUUCGAGGUAGCAUUGCUACUGAAAUUGGAUUCUUGACGGCAUUGACUCGGUUGAAAAUUUCCCAAAACCAACUUUCUCAAAGCAUCCCCUCCGAAAUUGGAUUGCUCACAAAAUUAAUAACGUUCAGUGCCGCCAGCAACCACUUGUCUGGCCAUAUUCCUUCUGAAAUUGGACUCCUCACCCGGUUGGAAGGGUUGUACUUGGACCAAAACCAACUUUCUAGCAGUGUUCCUACCCAAAUUUUGGAAUCCCUCACGUACCUAACCUCCUUGGCGUUGGACCACAAUCAACUGUCCGGCAGUAUUGCCACAGAAAUUGGAUUACUGCCCUCUCAAACUUGGUUGAGUCUAUCCCACAACCAUUUCUCCAAUAGCGUUCCAUCGGAAAUAGGAUUGCUCACAUUUUUGCAGGGAUACUUGGACUUGUCACACAACCAAUUGUCACACAGUAUUCCUGGCGAAAUUGGACAAUUGACCCAGUUGGAGACGUUGAAAUUAGACAACAACCAAUUGACCGGCAACGUGCCCAAAGAACUGGGAUGGUUGAUGGGAUUGAACGAUUUGAGGUUGCAACGCAACCAAUUGUCCGGUCAAGUGCCCACGACACUUUGUCGCUCUGGAGUCAAGAUUGUGCAAGUCAAUGGGCCUCCCGAUCCAUUUCCCGUCGAAUGUACCUGCCAAUCCUGUGUAUUUGGUGGCCAAUAA